CAGUAACAAAGCCUUAAAUCAGGGGAGCGGGAUACACUCAGUCUCAGAGAGACAGAGAAAGAGAGAAGGGCUUUUGCAAAUUGCACCCAAAAAAAAAAUAAUAAUAAAUAAAAUAAAAUAUAUUGGAGCUUUGAAGCUUUUACAUUCCAAAGUAAACGGGAAAAGGAAGGAAAAAUGGCAAGUUCAUGUGGGUUGGCCAUGAAAUCCCUGGCUACCAAAUCAUUGUCGUCCUCUUCUUGCCAUGGUGGUUCAAUGUUAAAAUCACUGGUUCUUCUCCAAAGCUCAAGUCGUUCUUACGCUAAGUCGGCCACUUCAGAUUCUUCUUCAGAAGCGAAAGCGAAAGAAACACAACUGGAUGAUGACAACGACGUCGCAGUGGGCUCGGGAAUCAGCAGGCCCCUUUCUGAAAUCCUCCGGCAACUCAACAAGAAAGUCCCCGAUUCCCUCGUCAAGGUCCGCAUUGAAGAUGGGUUUUCCUCCAAAUACAUUCCCUGGCAUAUUGUUAACAGAAUUAUGAACUUACAUGCCCCAGAAUGGUCUGGUGAGGUUCGAAGCAUCGUCUACUCUGCUGAUGAGAAGUCUGUAUCUGUGGUAUAUCGUGUAACUCUGUAUGGUACUGAUGCGGAGAUAUAUAGGGAAUCUACAGGGACUGCUUCAUUAGAUGACACAGGUUAUGGGGAUCCUGUGCAGAAGGCAGAAGCAAUGGCAUUUCGUCGAGCUUGUGCACGCUUGGGGCUAGGCCUUCAUCUUUAUCAUGAGGAUAUGUUGUAAUGAGACAUAGUGCUUGUGGUAUGAAGGUUUUUUAACCUGUUCUCUUCUUUCACCUUUUUGGUUUGUUUGUUUUUUUCAGGGGAUAAUAUUUGAUUUGGCUUAUUACUUUUUGUUAUGGGGUUAGUCUUUUUCUGAGGUGACCUUGACUUCAAGGAAGGUAGAAAGGAUAUCUUUUUGUGUAUUGUUGCUAGCUGUCAUUGAUUCUAUCAAUCCCUGUAAUUAAGCUAACAUACGAUGUAUGAUUGAAAUGUUUAUGUUCGGAUUCAUUUUCAAAGUACAAUCAUGUUCAACAUAA